AUGUAUAGCUUUAAGGCAUGCCUCAAAUCGAUCUCCGAAUUUAUUUCAGAUAUUAUAGUAUCAACUAGCUUUGACAUUUCAAGGCCUACGAUCGCAUUCCAUGGGGCCAACUCUAUGAUGUCCAUGUCUUUAGUGGGGGAUUUAAGAAGGUUGACCUUGACCGUUUUGCAAAUCUCUUUGGCUUUUAACAGAAAUUUAAUUUUAAAAGAGCUGCUACAGAUCACAUUUUCAACAACUCUGUCCUUUGGUACAAAGGGCUUAGUGGUUUUCUUAGUGGACUUGGGAAUAUUUGGGUUCUCUAUCCCCUUCUUUGGAGCAGCCUCAUGACCAUGCACCUUACUCUUUCUCUCAGCCGCGACUGCAGAGGGAGUAGUACGGUCAAAAGCAUCACUUCUUGAAUUUUUAGUCAAAUCACUUGCCAUUGAAGUGUUAGAUUUAUCUGUCAUUGCAGAGGUAACUGCUUCAAAUUUAUUUAUUCUUCUGAAAAUUCUUGUAUGGAUGAUUCUGAAUCCUGUUUUUGUUAUUUACGAAACUUAUUGUCCUCUUUCUUCAAUGAAUUGGUAAGGUAAUCUUCAGGGCUAUCCCACUCAUUAUAAUAUUGAGACUGCCUGAAGUCUCUCUUACUAGUAGUUUCGCUCUGAAUGCUAAUAGUAUCUUCAUCUUUCUUCCUAUUAUCAAAUUUUUUCUGUCCGCCAUAGUAUUUCUUCCACCCCUUGUGAUUGUUGGGCUUAGUGUCAAUAAGUCUGUUCUCUUCAACAUUUUGCGUCUGGCAGGAGACUGUAUCAAAAUUACUAGUAUUGGAGGACUGGAAGUUCUUUCUUCUUCCUCCUCUGUGGCCUUUAUAACCUCCGCGUCCUCUGCCUCUACCUCUUCCUCUGCCUCUGCCGCGUCCCCUAUAAUAUCUAUUCCCUUG